UAUUAAGAAAAUGAGGAGAUCCCAUAUCCCUGAUGCUGCAGAAAAGAUCAACUUUGGAGACAGAUCACAUAAACAAAAUGGGAUUCCAAUAAAUCAGCAACCAAGAGCACCAUUUUCAGUUUUAGCUCAAAACUCUCACAAUGUCAACUUGCCAGACCAGCAUCAUGCCUGCAAUUUGAAGUUUAGUGAUUAUGUCCAAAACAACAAGAUUCAAGGAACAUUCCUUAAAAAGGAUGACCCAAAGAUAAAUGCAUUGAUGCAACAAGCAGAGUUACUAAGUUCACUAGCUCUAAAAGUUGAUGCAGAGAACAUAACCAAGAUUAACUUGUUUGCUUUUGAAAGCAUUCCAGCUGAACAAUUCAAGGGCUUCUUCAUGAUUUAG